GCCCCUCCCCGCGCAGGUCCCGACUCCCGCCGCACCUCCUCCGGCUCUGCAGUGGCGGCGGGGAGGCGAGCCGGAGCGCCAGCGGGGCCAGGGCCGGAGCCGAGCCGGGGUCGGGGCAGCAGCGGGGACCCUCGGAGGCGGGGCCAGUGGGACUGCGAUGGGCGUGGAGAUCGAGACCAUCUCCCCGGGAGACGGAAGGACGUUCCCCAAGAAGGGACAGACGUGUGUGGUGCACUACACAGGAAUGCUCCAAAAUGGGAAGAAAUUCGAUUCGUCCAGAGACAGAAACAAACCUUUCAAGUUCCGAAUCGGCAAACAGGAAGUCAUCAAGGGUUUUGAAGAGGGUGCAGCCCAGAUGAGCUUGGGGCAGAGGGCGAAGCUGACCUGCACCCCUGAUGUGGCGUAUGGAGCCACGGGCCACCCUGGUGUCAUCCCUCCCAAUGCCACUCUCAUCUUUGACGUGGAGCUGCUCAACUUAGAGUGAAGGCAGGAAGGAACUCGAGGUGGCUGGAGAUGGCGGCUGCUCACCCUCCUAGCCUGCUCGGCCACUGGGACGGCUCCUCCUGCUCGGGGCUCUUGAUCAGUGCGCUAACGUCACAGCCCCACAGCAUUUUCCGUGCUCUGCCCAAGUUGCUCCGUAUGUGUUCGUCAUCGUUCACGCGCAUCUUUGCUUGAGGAAACUUUGGUUGCAGAUCAAAGCAUUUCAGGUUGUGCAUUUUGCGUGAUGCAUGUCGUAGCCAUUUCUGAUCACAGAAUACAGAUUUCUUGUUCGCACAAUCUACACUGCCUUACUUAAGCCAGACACACAAGGUGCUCAGACAUGAAAUGUACAUGGUAUACACAGAGGGACUUGAGCCAGUUACCUUUGCUGUCACUUCCUCUCUUAGAAAUUCUGUUGGCUGCUGACUUACACAAUGUCCUCUUUGGAAAUGAUAUGUAAAAUAAAGGCUAAGUGCUUAACAAA